AUUAAGGGUGUCUACCUAUGUAAGAUUCAAUCUUCGUGGAGCGGUAGAAAAGGCUGCGGAGCAGCCACGGUGCUCUGUUGUUGUCGUUGCGUUUGAUUUGGAGCCUUUUGUGAUGCCUUGUUUAUUAUUUAUGUUGUUGUUCUUGCUGCUUUCCGUCUUAAACGAGAUUCCCCAAAUGUCAAGACUUGAGUUCGAUCGUUCAUACAAGCUUUUGCUAACUCUUCGGUGCUUGAGUUCUGUGCUGGUUGAGUGGUGGUACCGAGUGAAAAGUAUCGGUUACCUACCUAGUGUAGGUAAGCUAGGUGCGUACGAGGCUUGGGUAGAUAUUAUUGAGUGUUACUAUUGGGAUGAUAUUGGCAUAUUUAGGAAGAGGAGGGGAAUUGUAUACGAAGCAGCACUCGCUCGUUUGCGGAGAUGACUUCUCAGAUGGCGAUACAUGAAUAACGAUGGGGAGGUAGUAACUUGACGAUCGUGGCUACGAGUAUAUUCCGCUUUCAUGGUGGAGGGAGAGGAAGUUUCAGAAAGAGAGAAAGAGAGAGAUAAGCCAUACAAGAUGCUGUAAGACUUGAUAUUACGGUCACCAUCGUAUUCUACUGGGAAAACAAUGGUUGAAGACUGCAUUAUGUAGUUACUUAAUAGGUAAGAGAAGGGGGGCUUGGCUGGCUUAGUAGAGCUGGUACAUCAUCAUACCUUAAAUAGACAGCAUACGGCGAUAGGUAACCUAGAGGUACAUAGACACCUUGGUCUCUGAAGCUACAAUACGCAUUUAGCAAGUAGAGCUAAGCUACCUAAUAAAUAGUAAGGGAUCUGAC